CCCCAUCCCCUCUCCCCCUUUAUAUUCUUUCCUCCAUUCUUCCUUUAAUCCAAAAAUCUCUCAACCGCUGCACAGUUCUCCGACGGGAAGCAGUACUCGUGUUGUGAAAAAGCGUAUUCAUAGUUGCUAUGGCUAGAAACGGCGUCGUCGCUUCUCAAAGGUGGAGGUCGGACGGAGAUGUCUCCUCCCAGCAGCAGCCGCCUGCUGACUCGGUUAUUGCCGACGAAGUUCAUGUUCUAGCGGUGGAUGACAGCCUUAUUGAUCGGAAAGUCAUUGAGCGUCUGCUCCGCAAUUCUUCCUACAAAGUUACGGUGGUUGAUAGUGGCGUAAGAGCUCUGCAGUUCCUUGGAUUAGAUGGAGAAGAGAAGAAGACCUCUUCCAUUGGUGCUUUUGAUAGCUUGAAAAUCAAAGUGGAUCUGAUCAUCACCGAUUACUGUAUGCCGGAGGUGACCGGCUACGAUUUGCUCAAGAAAAUCAAGGGAUCCUCUACGCUGAGAGAGAUCCCGGUGGUGAUAAUGUCGUCGGAAAAUGUCGUGACUCGAAUCGACCGUUGUUUGGAGGAAGGUGCGGAAGAUUUCAUUGUAAAGCCGGUGAAACCGUCGGACGUCGCACGGCUUCGUGGCUACAUGGCGACGAGCGAGCCGAGCGUGCGGGUCAACAAGAGGAAGCAACGAGAAAGCUGUGAGAGCUGCAGUAGUCUCUCCACCGCUUCCUCCACAUCAUCAUCCAUCUCUUCCUCGCCAUCUCUGUCGCCGUCGCCGCCGUCAUCAGCAUCUCCGACGCCAAUGUCGAUCUCAGAGCCGUCCUCACCGUCUCCGUCGCCCUCCCCGCCGAUGUCUCAAUCCGUCUCCGCGCCGUGUUCACCGUCGUUGUCGGAGGAGUAGCAAAGAAGGGAAAAACUCAAAAAAAGUAAAGCAAAAGAGGAAGGGAGAAAAAAGUCGAGAGGACUCUAGACUGGUAAAGAGUAAAAGGACCACAGCCCCACGAAAAUUUUGCUUUUCAGUACAAAUUUGCCACAGUCGGAAUGAAUCCAAUGAAUGAUGGAAGAAGAAGCAGUAGAGAAGAAAGAAUGGAAAGGCAAUUUUGGGCCAGGCCUAGAGUCGGCAAUUUUUCCGUUACUUUUGCUUAACGGUUUUUUUAUUUUUAUUUUUUGUGCUGGGAUUUGUACAUUAUUACUACUUACUACUUUCCACUGUUCUUUUUACCGCCCCGUCCCCUCUCUUGUCGCUCCACUAGCAGAGGAAGGAAAAUCAAAAUCUAGUCUAAUCUUGAAAUCAAAUUGCACGAAUGGUCCCUAAUAUUCUUAGCAUAAUCAAUUUACUCAUUGCAA